GAAGAGUCCAUGGAAAAUGAUAGCACAGUGAAUACAUUUAUUUUAAUGGGUUUCUCUAAUGUCCCAGAUUUUAAAUUCCUUCUCUUUGUGGUGUUCCUGUGCAUUUACAUUGCUACUGUACUGGGUAAUGUCACCAUCAUUGUCAUCAUUAAUGUUGAUGCUGCUCUCCACACUCCUAUGUACUUCUUCCUCAGGAACCUGUCUUUCCUGGAAAUCUGCUACACUUCAGUCACUAUCCCCAAGUUGCUUGAGAACACCCUUGCUCGGGACAAAACCAUCUCUAUAAGAGCAUGUGCCACUCAAAUGUAUUUCUUUCUCUUCUUUGGUGCCACUGAGUGCUGCCUUCUAGCCAUCAUGGCUUACGAUCGCUACGUAGCUAUAUGCAACCCACUGAGAUAUUUGGUCAUCAUGAGAAAGAGGGUAUGCGUCCAGCUUGCUGCCUUGUCUUGGAUUUGUGGCUGCCUGGUGGCUGUGGGUCAUACUACCUUCAUUUUCAAGCUGCCUUUCUGUGAGUCCAACCACAUUAACCAUUUCUUCUGUGAAAUCCAGCCACUUCUAAAGCUGGUGUGUGGGGACACAUACUGGAAUGAAGUCCAAAUUAUUGUCGCUGCUGCCUUUGUAAUCCUGAUGCCAUUCAUGCUUAUUCUCAUGUCCUAUUUCCAUAUCAUCUCCACCAUCUUACAUAUGCAAUCAGCCAAGAGCCGCCAGAAGGCUUUUUCCACCUGCUCCUCACACCUUGUAGUGGUUUCUUUAUUUUAUGGGACUGCCAUUUUUAUAUACAUACGUCCCAAAUCAAGCUAUUCUCUGAAUGUGGACAAACUGCUUUCUCUCUUCUACUCAGUUAUUACUCCAAUACUGAAUCCUAUCAUCUACAGUCUGAGGAAUAAGGAGGUAAAGGGAGCUCUGAAAAAGACAGUGUUGAAGCUAAUUCCAUUGAAAUGUUAA